UCGCUAAAAUGAAUCAGCUCAGCGCUACAGAAAGCAAACAGGGUGUGUGAUGCUCAGUCGAUGCAGAAUUAUUAUUGUAUUAAAACAGAUAAUAUUGCAUUAUUGUCUUAACUACGGGCCUUUCUUGAUCAACAUAAAGCGAUGUCUUCGUAAAACAACAAGAAGGAUUGUUUCAUCAUGUUGGGAAAAACGGCGUUUGUUGUUAUUUCUUCAUUGCUUGGAUUGCACAUCACAGGAGCCAUCUCUGCAGAAGAUGAUGUUUAUCAUGUCCGGACAGAUGGGCUCCCCAGGCCCGUGUACCAGCGGGCGGGUAUCAUCGGUCAUGAAAAGUUUCCAGAUUUUAACGCAGAAAUAUUUUACGGGCAAUCUCGUCCACGGGUAGCCAAGUUGAAACAAGGCAUGUUUCUGGAGUCCCAUUUUCCAAAAGUCCAUCAAAGGCAUUCAAAAAACAACUUUUUGCCCAGAUCCAGAUCUAGUGUGGAGAGCAAGCCCUUAUCCGCCCACCGUACGCUCACAAUGGAGGAAAAGAAUGACAUUGAACUGUACGUGUCGUCCGUGGGAGUAUCAGAAGCCGUGUCACAUGAGGAAAUGAUACGUUUGCUUAACAUCAACACAUUGCACCACAGUUCUGGACUGUUUAGCACCACUGAAGCACCCACUGAGAGGAAUGUUUUUAAAGACCAUCAUGAGAAGAACAACGUGUGGGACAAAGAGGGCUUUUGUGUGCUGGUCAUCUGCAUCACGAUACUCAUCAUCAUCUUUACCUGUUUAAUGGUGCUUUACCGACUAAAAGAGAAGAAAUUCUUGGAUCAGCAGCUUAAAGAUCCAUCCCCAGCCAUCCGGGACCUGACGCCAGUCCCUGUUCAGGGUGCUCAGCCCUCUCUGACCCUUAAGAACAGCAUGGUACAGGCCAACCAGACAUCCACAACCAGUGCCACAAACAUCAACAGCACGAGCUUCCCAUCCUGCAACAUCAACAUCCAUCAGACUCAAUCCAGUGUCACCUCAGAGCCGCAGUGCUCCACCUCUCACACCGUCACUGAACUCAAACCCUGCUGGUCCUCAACACAUUCACCAUUUAAGAUGAAGCCCGUCGCAGGCCUGCAGGAACGACGGGGCUCUAAUGUAUCACUGGUGCUGGAUAUGAGCGCAUUGGGUUCGGUGGAGCCCAUGAUUUGUGGGGUCGUGACCCCACGUGAGCGCGUGACUCAGGAAUACCUGCAGUCAGCGGGUCGUGCCCUCUCGCGGGAACAGCUGCGUGACAUCACACAAAACAUCCAGAUGCUGAAUGCUGAGUUUGCUGAAAUUCCCAUGAACUUUGUGGAUCAGAAAGAGCUGGAUAUCCCAAAUCAUGGAUCAAAAAACAGAUACAAGACCAUUCUGCCAAAUCCACAUUCCCGAGUUGUAUUGAAGACCAAGAACACAAAUGACCCGCUCAGUAGUUACAUUAAUGCCAACUACAUACGAGGCUACCUCGGAGAUGAGAAGUCAUUCAUUGCCACUCAGGGUCCAAUGAUCAACACAGUGAACGACUUCUGGCAAAUGGCGUGGCAGGAAGACUCUCCCGUCAUUGUUAUGAUCACUAAACUGAAAGAGAAAAAUGAAAAAUGUGUGCUGUACUGGCCUGAGAAGCGAGGGAUUUAUGGGAAGGUGGAGGUCUUUAUUAAUAAUGUGAAGGAGUGUGACCAUUAUAUAGUUCGCACCCUUAUACUGAAGAAUGGGGGCCAGACCCGCAAGGUCCAGCACUACUGGUAUACGUCAUGGCCAGACCAUAAGACCCCAGAGAGCGCUGGACACCUGCUGCAGUUAGUCAAUGAUGUUGAGGAAGACAGAAGAGAUUCUUCAUCCUCUGGACCUGUUAUUGUUCACUGCAGUGCUGGAAUCGGUCGAACAGGGUGUUUCAUCGCCACAACAAUCGGCUGUCGUCAGUUACAGCUGGAGGGAAGCGUUGAUGUGCUGGGAAUCGUUUGCCAACUUAGGACAGACAGGGGUGGUAUGAUCCAGACUGAGGAACAAUAUGAAUUUGUGCAUCAUGCCUUGAGUCUCUAUGAGAGUCGACUUACUGAAGAUCCUGGACAAUGAGCUUUCAAACAAGAGGAGUUUUCAUACCAGUUUUACCUAAAAUGAGCAUCUCUUAAGAGAUCUGUUAGUGACGCAGGGUUUCUGAAUCAUGAGAGAGACAGCAGAUGAUUGUUUGUGAAGAUGGAUCUUCAUGGAUUUGUGAAAAUCUUGCCUUUGGCAUUGUCGUUUGAAAUCCGGUGUCAUCAGCGAGCGUAACUGUUAUCAGUUCUAAUUCUUAUCGUAACCUUUCAUUAGCUUACUGCGCUUGUGAGUCCUGUUUUUCGUUGUGGGUUUCAGCUUCACUAAUAAGUGUUUUUAACACUGCAGCAUAGGGACCACUUAUAUACAAAUAAGUUUUUAUUUGUUUGUUGUUUACUGGUUAUGAUAACAUUAUCUGGGCAUUUCACAGGUACAACAUCAGGUACAAAUAUUUUACUGUAACAAUGAUUUAUAUUCAUCUCAGUUCUGAUGGGGUUUUUCUACAGCACCACAGUCAAAGAAAUUUUGGGUUGGAGUCAAAGUCGUACCCAGAAAGUUCCUUGUGCUGCUUAUCAUUGAUAAGUAAAUAUUCAAAACCAUUGACAAAAAACUAAACACACUUGGCAAAAACAUACAAUUAAUAUGUUGUUUAAUAAGUUGUAUAAUCUUGUAGGAUAAUAUUGAACUUUUUCUCAAAUCCAGCUGUAGUGUGAAGUUUCAUAUAUCUUGGGACCACCGGGGUCUUGCUGCUAUCUAUUACGUCAAUGGUUUAUGUUGUACGAGAGUGAAUAUUUCUAGGGCAUUUGUUUUUCUAUUGUAUUUAUUUGUAUGAUGAUUAUUGUUAUUUCUUGAUACUUUUAUAAAUGAUUGAUAUUGUCAGUGCAAAAUGUUGUGCUACAGUAUAUAACUCCCACUAUGUGGCUUAUUGGUAGGCAGUAAGUGACUUGUUUUCCUAUUUAUGCUUAUUGAUUAUUAAUGUGAAACCUGUAAAUAAUCAAUUGUCCAUUAUAACCACACAAAUAAUAUAAUGUUUAGAUAUAGAUUUAUUGAUGCUUCAAUUAAGUAUAAACAUCCCGAACUGAUGAGAUGUGCUUUAUGUAAGUAAAUUAAUAUAUGUGUAUAGAAAGAGAUGCUUUAUAAUGUAGACAUCUUCUGAAGUUCAAACAAAGCAUCAGAAUUGAAAAUAAAGAUGACUUUCUUGGGACUAUGA